AUGGCAGCGCUGCUCGAUAUCCUCUUUGACAGCACAGGCAGGUCAUUGGUAGAUACUGGGCGAUUUGAAGAAAUUGUUCAGGGGAUGAGCCACCCAGACUCGCAAUACCCUUCUCUUGUCUAUUUCGCUGGCAAUGGAAAUCGUAUCAAAGCUCUGCAAGCUUUGUUUCCUCGCAAUAACAUCACGCGCAAAGGACCUUCUGGACUCCUUCGAGCACAUCUUAGUACAGCGACUGCCCAUACUGAAUACCCUGUCAUAUUUACCGAAAGUAACCCUUUUAGUCAUGCUGGGUUGAGUGACACACGCUUGCUUAGGUGGUCUGAAGACAGACAUCGAAGAUAUGCACUUAACGUCGGGGAGUCUCAGUCUCUAGCAGAACUUCAACAAGAAGUGAUUACACAGAAGAUAUUACCAUGGACGCAGGUUCUUUGUUUCUUUGUUGACACCAUCUCUGAGAUGCGAAAUGUACAACAGCUGUUAGAUGCACCGAUUGGGACCCUAUCGAUCGGGGCUUCACAUAUUCAUAGUAUGAUGCGUGUGCUUAUUGUGCUAUCAGGCAAUUCUCAAUUUGAAGUACAGAGCCCGGAUGACGACUUUGAAUUAUCCAAUGCAUGGUUAGCGCAGCGCAAAGUCACAAUUUUGGAUCUCCGCGACCGAGCAGAAAUGUCUCCGUCCGUUACAUUCGACCCGUUGAGAAGCCUUAUUUUUGACGAAAUUCAAGAGAUUCGAGCCUUACAAAAAGAAAAAUGCCUCUUAUUCUCAGCUGUGCAUCUCAACGCACUCUGGGAUCGAGGUCUUCAACUUCAAAUAGGAAGUCCAAGUCCAGCUAAUCUUGACUGCCUUUUGGUGGCACGAGAGGGCUUUAAAAGGAAAACAACAAAUAUUGAUUGCCUCCUAGAGUUGAAAACGCAGGUUGCAAGUUCUGUUUCCUCCGAGAAUGAGCUUUACAGCUUUAUCGCCUCGGCUCUUCUUCUGGAUGCCUAUCCACCCGGAAUGCAUCUUUUUGAACCGAAGCUGGUGUUCAAUGCCCUCUAUCGGGCGCGUUGUUGGAAUGCCUGGGAGGGGGAGAACCCUUCAUUCAUUUGCGAUCAAAUUUUACAUUGCUUCAUCAAGAGUUUCUCCGAAUUGAUGUCCAAGACAUCGGCGGAAAUUCGUCACGAAUCGCUUGUACAAUUUCAUCGUGGAUGGGGAGGGUUGCACUCAACAACAACUUGCUUUAUUUGCAUGUGUGGUCCACCAGAGCAUAUGCUGCCUUGCAGGCAUGCAAUCUGCGACAAUUGCGUUGUUAUAUAUGGGUCUAAAAGUUCCUACGCCGAGUACCAUAUCAAUCUACCGGAAUGCCCUAUCUGUGAGGAGGCAGUGAAUCUCACGAUUCGUCAACUUCCACCAACUAAGGGGCCGAUCGUGAUAAGUCUAGAUGGGGGAGGUAUUCGCGGUAUCAUUCAGUUAGGGCUGCUGCGAGCACUAGAAAAACGUAUUGGUGGAAUAUCGAUAACACAGGUCGCUGACUUAUUUGCUGGGACAAGUGUUGGGGCGCUUUCAGAACUGGAUAUGGUUCUAAAUGGCUUAUCCGCGAAGGAGAGCUGCGCGAAAUUUCCGGCAAUUGCGCAUAGGAUUUUCGGAUCUCCUACUAAACAUGCACCAAAUUCCCAACUAUAUCGGUGUGCUACAUGGAUAAAGAAUAUCGCAGGGAUCUUGGCCGAUUGCCAGUAUGACUCAAAAAUACUGGGAGAUAUCUUGCAAAAGGUGGUCGACCCCCAACGCCGGUUGUUUGACGCGACGACGACGACAAGCUCCACCGGUUGUCGAGUCGCCAUCAUAACGAGUCGCACUUCCGAUGGGAAAGCUUGUGUUUUGGCAAAUUAUCGUGGAAUGGGCCAGCGAGAAGUGAAUGCAGCAUAUCACUUCCUUAUCCCUAAGACGGCGGAUGAGAAUCCUCACAUAUGUCAGCUUGGAAGAUGGUGGCUAAUGACAAGCAGCUUGUUUCGAAAAAAAACUCUUCUAGGAUUUGGAUCGCUGCAGGAUGGCGGAGUCCGUGCCAACAAUCCCGUGGGAAUUGCGCUGAAGGAGUCUAUGGUCAUCUGGCCUUCAGCAAAAACCCAUGAUCUACUCUUGUCAGUCGGGACAGGGUCAUAUUCUUCUAUGGCUAAAACAAGCGAGGCUACCAGGGGUAUAUGGCAAGACAGUGCCAUCCCACGCAUGAUUCGAGCAACAAUGUCCUCCCCGUGUAUGGAUGGGGAGCAAGGAUUUCGUGAGGCACUCAAUUUCGUGCCAGAUGGUGAAAGGUCAAACAUAUUUCGGCUGAAUCACGAGCUGACCGAACCUCUUCCUCGCUUGGAUGACGUGAGCAGAUUAGAAGAAAUGUCCAGAAUGCAAUACACUGUUCCGACUGAACUAGUGAGAGCCACCCUAGCGACCGCAUUUUUCUUCUUCGAACUCGAUGAGUUGCCAACCAAAAGACAAGGAGAAUUCUUUUGUGAAGGCUCAAUUUUGUGCUCACGAUCAUAUUCCAGGGACCUGGUAAAGCUGAUCAUGGUUGAAUUUCCAGGCGCAAGGUUUGAAACAGUCCGAGGCCACCACCUUGGAAACGUAGACCAAAAUGAUGGUUGUCAUGUAUGUGGGUACUACCGCAAAAAGGUGACAUUUUCAAUCAAUGGACUUCAUGAAAUGACAUCAAUUGGGAUUGCCGGUUGUUCAUUCUUUCAAAAGAUUGGCGGCUUUCCAAAAUCCAUGCAAGAGCUCCUCGAUGAUCAGCAAGCAAAUUCCCGCUUCGGUCGUUUAGACCACUUGGUUGCUUCCUGGCCCCCGAAAAGGGAUUGCUACUGUUCCCCACGGCUCAAACGUCAAAUCAAAUUCUUGGAGCCUGCCGUGAUACACAAGAAGCGGCGACUAUAA